CCAUGUUUUAGUUCUGUUUGCAAAACGCAGCCAAUUGGACGUGCCCCAAAAUAAACAGCCCGAGCCCGAGCCAUAGCCCAAGCCCAAGCCCAACAGAGACUCAAGACUCAAGCCCAAGUCUGAGUCCGAGUCCGAGUCUGAGUCUGAGUCCGAAUCCCAGUCCAGAGGCAACUUUUACGGUUCGGACCGAACAGUGUGUUUUCUGCCAUCGAAUUGUUUGUUCUGUGUAAGUGUCGACUGUAGUGUCGCGUUAUCUCCGUCGAUGCUGAUUGAAAAAAGAAAGAUAUUGGAAGAUUGGAAUAUUAAACGCCUUGACAGUUCUCAAUUGCUCGACGACGCGUGCUUGUGUGCAAUUAAUUUGAAUCCAUCGGGGGGUACAAUAGUUCUCGACAAUUUUUGUGUGUCAGUGCCAAAGCUAUAGAUCGACCGGUCGAUCGAUCGAUCGUCGAACGAACAAGAACAUUACAGCAGCCCGUCAGAGUGGAAAAGUUCAACGGCUCCCAACAUGAUUCCGAUUCUUGAGAAACUGAGUGGGUUCUACAACUCGUAUGUUUUGGCCGUACUCACCAUUGGCUACAUCCUGGGCGAGCUGGGACACUAUCUGAUCGGCGUAACAUCCAAGCAGACCGCCAUUGAGCUGGACUAUGGGGACCAUGCCUGCCAGCAAAAUACCUCGAUGUUCAAUCGCCACGAGCUGCCCACCCAGUGCUCGGCUGUUGACAACGAGUCCAGCUGCUAUACCCUGGACUUCAAUGGCACUGGAUACUGCGAAUGGAACUACAACGGGCUGGGCAUCGACUACCAGAUCCUGGCCGGACCCACUUUCAUCCUCAUCUUCACCAUCGCGGGCGUCUUCAUGGGCUUUGCAGCCGACAAGUACAAUCGCGUUAAGAUGCUGACCGUGUGUACGGUGAUCUUUGGCGUAGCCAUGAUCCUGCAGGGCACCGUCAAGGAGUACUGGCAGCUGGUGCUCCUGCGAAUGGUGAUGGCCGCUGGUGAGUCUGGCUGCAAUCCCCUCGCCACUGGAAUCAUGUCAGACAUCUUCCCGGAGGACAAACGAGCCCUGGUCAUGGCCAUUUUCAAUUGGGGUAUCUACGGCGGCUACGGAAUUGCCUUCCCCGUGGGACGAUACAUCACCAAGCUUAACUUCUGGAAUCUAGGAUGGCGCGUUUGCUAUCUGGGCGCCGGAGUGCUCACGGUGAUCAUGGCUGCCCUGACAGGAACCACCUUGCGGGAGCCGGAGCGCAAGGCCAUUGGCGAGGGCGACAGGCAGACAAGCGCAGGAAAACCGGUGAGCUUGUGGCAGGUGAUUAAGAGCCCGGCGAUGAUAAUGCUGAUGAUAGCCGCCUCCAUUCGCCACUGCGGCGGCAUGACCUUUGCCUACAACGCCGAUCUCUAUUACAAUACCUAUUUUCCCGAUGUUGACCUGGGCUGGUGGCUGUUUGGCGUCACCAUUGGCAUUGGUAGCGUGGGUGUGGUCGUCGGCGGCAUUGUCUCCGACAAGAUUGUCGCCAAGAUGGGCAUUCGGUCACGCGCGUUUGUGUUGGCCAUCAGCCAGCUUAUCGCCACUCUGCCGGCCUUUGGAUCGGUCUACUUUGAUCCACUGUGGGCCAUGAUCACGCUAGGACUAAGCUACUUCUUCGCCGAGAUGUGGUUUGGCAUUGUGUUCGCCAUUGUUGUGGAGAUUGUCCCUCUUCGAGUGCGAUCCUCGACCAUUGGCGUCUUCCUGUUCGUGAUGAACAACAUUGGUGGCAACCUGCCCAUCCUGGUGGAUCCUGUGGCAAAGGUCCUCGGCUACCGCGGAUCAAUCAUGAUCUUCUACGCUGGAUUCUACGGCAUCAGUUCCAUUCUCUUCUUCAUUACAUGCUUCCUGCUGGAAGGCAAGUCGGUUGGGGCGGAAGAGCCGGAGUCGCCGAAGACCCAUCCGGAUGCAGUGCUCAACGCUCGCCACAUGCACGGACACGAUAAUUCCGUUUUCUCUGUGGACGAGACCCUGCCCUCCAAUGGACGACCUGCCCAAUUGCCGCAGCACCUGCAGAUGUCUAGCAACGGCUACGACAAGUCUCAUAUUUCUCCGGCUCGACAGAACGGCGCCGAGAGCAGCAGAUUAUAGAUAAGCUUAAAGUACGGAGUGUUUUUUUUUUAUUAAAUACUAUUAUGGAAUUUUUAUUUCGUUUGAGGUUCUAUGACACUUGCAUUUUACUCGGAUAACUAGUGGAUUUACUAUGAGUUUAAGAUCAAUGGAUUAACUAUCCAACUUCUUUAACAGAUAUAUCCUGUUGGUCAGCCGAAUUUUAGGCAGUGUCAUAACACCUUUAAACUUAGUCCUAAGCGAGGAGUGUGGAGGGAAUCAAUGGAGCAGCAUCCUUGCUCUAAUGCCCUUACACAAUUUUUUUUAGCGCGUUAACUGUGUACUUAAAUCGGCUGGCGAUGACAAGAGUACAAUUUUAAUAAAGUGCUGUUUUGUUAAUACAGA